GUUUUUAGGAUAAGUAUUUAAAUAAAUUAGAGGCAACAAAUGCUGAUGUUUUAUCUACCUAUGGGUUGGACAAGACUGAUGUUGUUGGUGUUGAGAAGAAGCAUGGUUCUCAAGAAAGCUUUUCUGUAUCUACCAUGGAGGUUGUUAAUGAUCAUUUGGUUUCCUAUGAAGACAGUUUGAAAAAGGGAAAGUCUAUAAAAUUGGAGGAAGAAACUCCUACAGUUGGAAAUAGAGAGAGGAAACCUAGUUCUGUAUACAACAGUCCGUAUGCCACAGAAUUUGGUUCAGGUAGUAUUGGUAAACCAAAAGGUGGACGUCCUGGAUCAUGUGCUUUUGGAUUUGGCUUUUUCAAUGUGAUUGAUGAUGUGCAAGCUAAAUCUUUUGAUCAGUGGUUUAAGAUUGGGUUUAAUGAUAAAAACAAAGUGAAGAAGUUUAAAGAAUGUCAUAGGAAGCUUAAGGUUCCAUUGGAUUUUGUGGUUUGUCAAAUUGAUGAUAAGAUGUGGUUCUAUGAUUUGCUUACUGGUGGGAAGAACUUGUCAUGCUCGCAUAUUGAUGUUUGUUUCUACUAUUUGAGAAAGAAGUUAAAGUAUGACCAGUCUGUGAAAAUUUCUGGUAAUACUACUGAUUGCUUCUUUGCUUCUCAAAUUUUUGAAUUAUAUAAUGAGUUUGUUGCAAGUGGUGAAAAUGUUGAUUCGAUUAAGAAGGAUUCUAAGGCAGCUGCAUACAUAGCGGGUUUUUAUAUGUUAUGCAAUAAACCCUGGGCUGAGCUUGAUUUCGUACUAAUGCCUGUUAACGUGAUUGUUCUUGCUCAUUGGAUAUUGUGUAUUCUUGACAUUAAGAUGAGAUGCUUAAAAGUGUUGAAUUCUAUGAGGUUUGGGAGGUACAAGAACAACUCAGAGAGUUUUGUUCGUGCAUUUGCUGUAAUAAUUCCUAUCUUACUGUCACAUGUUAAUUUCUAUGAGGGGAGAAAAGAUAUUGACAGGAGUAGUAAGCACUGGCAAGGUAAAAAAGAUACUGAUGCGUUUGAUAUUGUCGUGGUUGAUAAUUUGCCACAACAAGAGGAUAGUGAUUGUGGUGUUUUUAUCAUAAAGUAUGCUCAUUUCUUUAUGCAUGGAUUGAUUGAUAAGAUUCCUAAGAAGUUGGACAUUGCAUUCACUCGUAAGAAGUUGUGUGUUGAUCUGUUUGUUCAUGCAAAGAAGAAGGAGUUGGGUGGGUACGAGUCUACUUCGGAGCAUCCAGGAAGGAUGCCAUAGAUUUCUGUAAUAGAACAACAUGUUGGAAACCUAGUUUACAUUUUUUUGAACUUUAUGUGUAUUUUUAUGUCAUGUUGUUUUGUUUUUAGGUUUAUGUUUGUGUUUGUUUAAGAAACUGUUUGGAACAGUAAUAUUUUAGGAGACUCUUGCCUAUUUUAAUUUUGAAGUAACCUUUUGGUUUACUGGCACA